AAUUUUGUUGAUUAAUCAUUAUUAAUGAUUCAUUAAUGUAGUGAAUAAUUCAUUGUGAAUUUCAAUAAGUUACAAAUCAAUUAUAAGUGAAUUAUAAUUUUUAAUUAUGUCAUUAAACGAUUUACCAGAUAAUUGUCUUUGGAAGAUCUUAGAAAAUGUUCAUGGAGUUAAAGAAUUGAUUCAAUUAUCUAAAGUUUGUUCGAGAUGGUCCGAUUUAAUUACGCUGAGAUUUAAUCGAGUACAAUAUCUACAAACGAUGGACACUGAUAGUACCGAAGAUAAAGUUGAUUAUAUUGAUGCGAACAGUUUGUGGAUUAAUUAUCAUACGAAUUGUAAUGACGAUUGGAAUUUAAUCGAAUUUUUUCCAAAUUUAAAGAUUAUAGAUACUGCGCUUGAUGAAGCUUUCAAUUUACCAGAAAUUGUCAAAAAUAAUCCACAAAUAAAGGGAUUAAUCGGUAUGCAUACCUUGAGUAGAUGCGGUUACUUGGAAAAUAUCGAAAUGUGCGCUACUAGAUUUAAUUUCGAUUAUAAAAAAGUUUUUCGACCUGAUCAGUUGAAACAAGUUUCCGCUCUCUGGUUAAAAAUGAAAGAUCUUCCUUCAUUCAUUGAAUAUUUUCCAAAUUUGAAGCGACUCAACUUACACCUCAUUGCGAAUUACUAUUUUUACAAUGGACCGAAUUUGUCUUCGUUAAAGAUCCUUGAACUUUGUACAAACUGCUUUGCUGGAAAAUUUAAUGGAUUUUAUUUUAUGGACUUUUGUCCAUCUUUGGAAAGCGCUUUCUUCCAGUGUUGGUCAUAUGAUAUUCAUGUAGAUGAGUCGAUCAAGAAUUACAAUCUAAGAGAUUUGGUUAUCAAUAAUGCUGGUUUUAUUCACGUGGUCAGGAAUUCUAGUGAACUUUCGUGGCCACUACUUAAAAAACUGUUGUCUAAAUUUCCUAACUUGCAUCAUUUAGCGAUCAGACAUUUUGAUGUUAGUAAUUCUGAUUUAGAAGAAUUGAUAAAAUUAUUAACUGAGUUGGAUAUAUUGGACUUACGGAAAUGUAAGAAAGUGACUCAAAAAUCAGCUGAUCUUCUGUUCAAAUAUUGUGUCAAAGAGAAUCGAUCAAUCGCAAUAUAUUACGAUUGUGAAAACGAACCCGUCGAAUGGCCUGAAUUAGACACUACUCAAGAAUCAAUUGUGCACGGAUUCGAUUUCAUGAAACAUUGUUUUUACAAAUCAACAAUCUACUGUGUUCCAUUUCUCAUUGAUGAAUGAAGAUCGAAACAAACUUUGAUGCAGCAAACUUUCAUCUCACUCGUGGUUACAUAUUUCAUUCUUUGUCCCGUUCUUGGUGCUUCUUAUCAAGAUAAUCAAACACCGAAAUAGUUCAGUUUAAUCUCAAAGUCAUAAAGUCGCUCAAUUGAAUCGCUCAAUUAAAAUUAUCUGGUAAAACUCGGCGAAAUAUUUUGCUCUUUUUAAUGCCAGAAAAAAAUGAUUUUCGUUCACAAAGCGAAAUUCAGACGGACUUUUGGCCUACCGAAAGGUCAUUUUCGAACUUCAUGUCAAACAAAUUCCCAUGGUCUCCCAAGUUCAUAUCUGCGAUCUGAUCUUGCCAACGACUCUCCGUUCUCAAGUUAUUUCGAAAACAAAUCUGUUAAUUUAACGUAAUCGCCCUGUAGAUUGUUGAAUUGAUUGUUUAACUGAUUGAAUUAUUUUUCGAAAAGCCGCGAAUUAUUAACCGAAUUUCGUAGCAUAAUCAUUUUGAAAAAAAACAUUACCGAUCAUCUCUUAAUAAAAGAUUUUAUUAAUAUAUCAUGAAA